AUGAUAGUGGCUCAUGCAGAAAAGAAUAGUACCGCCGAGAAGAUCAGUGUGAUUCCAGUCGUGGAGGAGUAUGCCGACGUAUUUCCAGAUGAAAUACCCGAGUUGCCACCGAGUAGGGAUGUGGAUUUCUCCAUUGAUCUCAUCCUUGGGGCUGGCCCAGUAUCCAUGGCGCCGUAUAGAAUGGCACCCGUAGAGUUGGCAGAGUUGAAGAAGCAAAUAGAAGAUUUGCUUGAGAAGAAGUUCAUUCGGCCGAGCGCAUCACCUUGGGGAGCACCGUUUGUUGUCGUGUUUAUUGAUGACAUAUUGAUAUACUCGGAGGAUCGGGAUGUACAUGCAGGUCAUCUGAGAGUGGUGCAAGGAAUUCUCAGAGAGCAUAAACUGUAUGAGAAGUUGUCAAAGUGUGAAUUUUGGUUGGAUGAGGUACAAUUCUUGGGUCAUGUAAUCUCAGCCCAAGGUAUAUCGGUGGAUCCAGCGAAGAUUGAAACAGUGGUGAAGUGGGAAAGACCACAAACGGUUACUAAGGUGAGGAGCUUCUUGGGUCUGGCGGGUUAUUACAGGCGGUUUGUGGAGGGGUUCUCCAAGUUGGUGAGUCCCUUAACUCAACUCACUAGGAAGGAUCAGCCUUUCUCUUGGACAGACGAGUGUGAGGUCUGCUUUGAGGAUAUGAAGAGGAGAUUGACUACUGCACCCAUAUUGGCUAUUCCUGACACCGCCAAGACGUUUGAGGUAUACUGUGAUGCUUCAUACCAGGGUUUAGAUUGUGUGUUGAUGCAGGAGAAACGACCCAUUGCUUAUACAUCUUGUCAAUUGAAGAAAGAAUUGAAUAUGAGGCAGAGGCGCUGGAUGGAAUACCUGAAGGACUACGACUUUGAGCUAUUAUACCAUCCUGGUAAGGCUAAUGUUGUAGCAGACGCUUUGAGCAGGAAGAAAUCUCAUGUGUCGGCCAUGAUGAUUAAGGAGUUGGAGUUGAUCGAUAAGCUGCGAGAUAUGAAUCUGGGAUUGGAUAUGGAGACAGAUCACAUACGGUGCAGCAUGUUGAAGAUCACUAAUGAAUUCUUUGAUGAGAAAGCGAAAAUAGAGCAUCAGAGGCCAGGUGGUACGUUAGAGCUUCUUGAGACUCCCCAGUGGAAAUGGGACAACAUUUCCAUGGAUUUUGUUACUCAUCUACCGAGGUCAGUGAGGGGGCAUGAUUCUAUAUGGGUAAUAGUGGAUCGACUGACGAAGUGCGCUCACUUUCUACCUAUUAAUCAGAAGAUGUCCCUAGAUAAGCUGGCAGAGUUGUACGUCAGGGAGAUAGUCCGAUUACAUGGUGUGCCUGAGAGUAUCAUAUCGGAUAAAGAUCCAAGGUUUACCUCGAGGUUCUGGCAAUCGUUGCAGAACACUUUGGGUACUCAGUUGAAGAUGAGCUCGGCAUAUCAUCCUCAAACGGAUGGCCAGUCUAAGAGAACCAUACAGUCUCUAGAGGACUUAUUGAGAACGUGUGUUCUGGAUCACCUAGGGACUUGGAGUGAUGUGCUACCACUAGUGGAGUUCACUUAUAAUAAUAGCUACCAUUCCAGCAUUGGAAUGGCACCGUAUGAGGCCUUGUAUGGCAGGAGGUGUCGAACACCUUUGUGUUGGCAGCAUGAUGGGGAAGUUGUGGUACUUGGUCCAGAGUUCUUACAACAGACGCGUGCGUGCAACUCAGAGUCGGCAGAAAUCCUACGCAGAUAA